AAAUAAUUUCUCAGUCGUGUAGCCGUAUCGCACUGCUUCGAACAAGGGAACGAAUACUCUCGCAUGUGUCUUACCGUGCGCUUUUACUUGACAGAGAAAAGAAACACGAAAAUAAAUAUAAAAGCCCUAAUUUCAUCGAAGAUGUUUCACUUCAAUCUCGCAGAUUCGCAUUACGUAUUCUCUCCUCGUUUCCGAUACAUUUAUCCAAUCAGAUACUAUUCGUUUUCCUCUGUUUACAGGUGAUGUCAUAAAGUGGCUCAGAAGUAAGGAUUGCCCCUCUUUUUGGACCCAAGGGCGCUUGCGGGAAUGCGGGCUGAAUAUCGAAAUACUUGGUAUCAUCGAUUCAACAAACGUGAUGUCUAACUUACGUAUCAUUAUUGGAGUAUAGGCUUGUGGAAUUAAAGCUGAUAUGUCUCCAGCAUCUAGAUCUAUGUCCAAGGAUAAAAGGGCAACUGCCAAAAAAGCUCCUAAGCCCCAACCAAAAUCUUCAGGCCAUGCAAAUGCUGGUGGUGGGAUCCCUACCAGUGGAUACAGUCCUCUUUCUGGAACAUUCCACACACUGGACUUAGCUCCCAUAUCUUCCGAUACUCUUGUCAAUGGUCGUAUCCGAAACAUAGAAGAGGCAGAUGCUAACUCAUCUGGAAACAUUGCCGAGUAUGAUUCCAUUUCCAACAGCGAAAGCUGGUCUGGGUGCGAGUCAGAGGACCAUAAUAAAGAGAAAAUCUCUCACCCCCCUGCUCCAAGGCAAGAGACAAUAGUACUACCCAUUGCCGAAAAUGAAAAGCGUGAAAAAAUCCGUCAAAAGAAUGAGAAAAAACAUCAACGUCAAAAGGAAAGGCGGGGCCCAAGAAUUGCAUGAAAAGUGCAGUGGCUUUCUCAUGUCAAGAAAGGUGGACACACUUGCUCAGCAACUCGUGGCGAUGGGCUUCUCUCAAGAACGAGCCACCAUAGCCCUUGUUCUGAAUGAAGGCAGGUUGGAAGAAUCGGUAGCAUGGCUAUUUGAAAGCGAAGAAGCAGAUAAACGAAAUGAACAUAGAGUUGGUGGCGGUAAUAAUAAUCUAAGGAUCAAUAUAUCAGAAGAGCUUUCCCAUAUUGCUGAUUUAGAACUUAAAUACAAAUGUUCCAAGCAGGAGGUGGAAAGAACUGUGGUUGCUUGUGAAGGUGACCUUGAGAAGGCUGAAGAGACUUUGAGGGCACAAAAGCAGGAACCUUUUCUGGUCCCAUUAAAGCCAGAAGAGAACAGUUAUCCUCCUACAAUAAGAGUUCCAAUAGCUGCUGGUAGUCAUUAUCAGAAUCCAAUAAUGGCACCGGUCAAAGCCCCUCCACCCACUCCAAUUCAGCAGAAAACAGAUGAGAAGGACUUUCAUAAUGCAAAAGUCACCAUCACAGCAAGUUCUAUAGUAGAUCCGCAAUUAUUGAAGAGAGUUGGACCUAAAACAGAGUGGGCUAAGCCACCGCCAAAAUCAAUUGCGGUUACUGAUACACGGUAUGCAGGGGCAGGGGAAGGAGGAUCAAAUCCUUCUCAUUCUCAUUCUUCUUUGCAAGCCGCCACAACAAUUCCACACACAAAGACAGAAGCUCCUCUGCAUUGUAGUGUUGGGAAUGAAUUGAAUAGUUUGCAGCAGCUAGGGAGUGUAACAGGGAUGCAGCGACCUCAACCCAAACCCAAACCCAUCAUGAACAACUCCAACCGUAUGAGGUCAUCUCCACUUGGGAAUGGUGGUGUGAGUUGGUAUCCGAGUUUAGAAACGAUGAAGCCAAGAGCGCUGAUGCCACACAUUCUUGGCUCAAGGAGUCUAAAUUCCUCAAAUGCUGCUUCCCGUACAAACCAAUUGUAUAAUGACCAACUCCACUAUCAACAACAGCCACUUGUUGUAUCAAGCAAUGGUGGCUCACUGGAGUCCUCUGGAACAAACAGGAGUGAUAGUUUGUGGAAUGUGCACCAAACCCUCGCUGCAACCUCUCUUCGGCCUUACUCUGGCAUUGGAACCAAUCCUCCAUCCGGCCCCACAUCACCACUCAUUGACUGGAAACGCGGUUUCCCUAUGCCGCAGUUUGAUUACAAUAAUGUGGACUGGCGUUUGGAUUCUGGGUCAUCAUCAUCAUGGAGAUCAGGAGGAGAAUGGCUCACAAAUAACUCAUAUAUGCAAAACAACACCAACACAUAUGAUUCAUUUACCAGUAGACAUGGUGCCCAGGUGGCUGCUACUAGACCACCUAUUUGGUCCAAUGGGGUUUCUGCAAUUCCUCAGACGCAGGGUGGAGUAGGCACAACAGUAGGUGGACUGCUGGAGCGGGCUUCUCCUUUUGAAGAGAAAGACCUUUCUGGAUUAUCCCGACCGUUCAUUCAUUCUCCUCAGUAGAGAUGUUGAGUGAAUUGGAAAAAACACCAUGAUGUGAUUGGCUCAUGUGAUACAUGCUUUUGUUCUCUGCUAAUUGGUGGAUCAAUCUUAAUGGAAAGGGCAUGAAAGUACCUUUGUUUGCAAUGUUCUUUCUGUAUUUUUUUUUUACAAUUUUAGCCUUUUGUUUUACAUGUCGGUUCUGAUGCAGUUCCAAAGUCCGAGUCCACCCUAGACGUAGCAAGGAAAGUGAUUACUGCUACCUUUUUAUUUACUGAAGGAACCCAUACACAACUCAUGAGGAUUAUUCAAAGUUGGAAAAAAAUAGAAAUUGAUAAAAUGCAAAUA